GCAACAGUGAGAAAUGGGUGGGUGGACAUCGCGAGCCCACACUGUCCAGCAUUCAGAUAAUGACUGUGAAGUUGAAUUAACCCGGGUUUCACAUUUAGAAAGGAAUGCUAAUGAACAAAACACAAAAGAGCAACAGCAUCAAAUUGAAUGUCUGACAAGAAAAAUACAUCAACUCGAAGUCGAAGUUAAAGAGCGAAUGUCACGUGAGGAAAAGCAAAUUGAGGAACUUAAAAAGGAAGUCGUGGAUCUUAAAGUUGAAUUAGCUGCACUUAGAACAGACUGUAAGGACCUUCAAUCGGAAUUGGAAAGAAAAUCCACGAGUACAAAAAUAAACAUACAACACGUUGAUACAGUCCACGCUUCAGACACGGCAACUCAUGCAAAGACAUUGAAUUCUUAUACGUCUAGUGAAAUGCUGGUUGACAACUCGCAAACUGUCAAUUCAACGGAAGAGCACAUUUCCGUCAACGAAAAUACUGAAACUCGUACAGACAACACUGAUCAAAAACCAAAGCCGAGACCCGAUUGGAAAUUAUAAUGAAUCGUUUAUUUAACAUACUGAAUUAAGGGUAUGUUUUGCAUUUCCAUGUUGGCAUGAAGUGCAGUGACAACCAUAAAUAUUCAAGAAAACGCAUAGUCGCUUGAUUAUGAGUAUAUCAAAAUUCUAAUUUCAUUUAGGACCUAUAAAUUCCUGGAUGAUGAUAACCCA